AUGUCGAGUCCCAGGAGGGAUCACGCUGGCCCGUCGCAGGGCCAGCGCCGGCGGGGAACUUCUCCUCCCAAGCCACGCUCUUCAAAGAAGACCAACCCUUCCAAAGUGCGCACUUCACACGCUUGCGAUCGUUGUCGCAUGAUGCGGACAAAGUGUUCCGGAGGUGAGCGAUGUUCCAAAUGCGUCAAAGACGACGCAACCUGCGUUUACGGUGAUCGCAAACGGGAGCGCAACAAAAAAGAUCUGGCCGAAAGCCUAGACCGCGUCAGCUUGUUGGAAGAAGAGAAUACCAAGUUAGUCGGCGUCCUCCGCUCAGUCACAGGGUGGCCAGGCUUCCGACCAGAGGAGCACGGCAAUGUCAUGGAGAUCUUGUCAAAGGUAGUCAUUGAGGAAGAAGAAGAGCCUGGACGCGAGCCAAGCAGCCAGUCGCGGAGCCGGAUCGCCCCUUCUAGCUCACAACUUCCAUCGUCUUCGUCGAGCCGACAUCGGUUACAAAAAAGCGAAGUUUCCGGUGAAACCAAGGCGGGGUCGAGCGUGGGUUCUCCCCGCAAACAAGGGGAGUUGAACCAUAUUGUGUCCCUGGAUCUCGGAGGUGGCGCCUCUGGCUUCAUUGGGAAGAUGUCAGAGGUCUCUUGGAUUCAGCGUGCGUUUGAGACAGUUCGAGGACACAAGGCCGCAGAGCCUGCUACGUUGCACGCAGCAGAAAUGGAUGAGCAUCCCGCAACAACUACAGACUUCGUCUAUUUCAUGGAUGACACCAAUGUAUUGGCCGUAGAUGAGGAUUACGUGGAUCCAUCUCACUGGCCUCCUGAAAAGUCUGUGGUGAUCUUGUCCGAAGCAUUCUUUCAUUCGAUGCAAGGUGCAUUCCAUUUUGUUCUACGCGAAGAAUUUCUGCAACGAGCAUUCUCCUUUUCGGGCAAAGGGUCGACUCCGUCGUCGUGGACACAACGACGCUGGUUGUCGUUGGCAAAUCUCGUGUGGGCUAUUGGGUCGAAGUGGCUACAGAUAACUGAAAUGGCCGACCAGGAUAACCAUGGAGAACAUCUGCUCUACUAUGCAAGGGCGCGGGCCCUGGGCCUCGACCACAGAGUCAUGUUCGAUCAUCCUGAUAUUGAGCGCGUCCAAGGCAUUGGCCUUUUGGCUUUCUACCUUUUUGUCAACGGAUCCAUCACGCGGGCGUGGAAUACGCUAGGCCAUGCUACCCGUCAUGCCACGGCACUCGGUCUGCACUUGAGAAUAACCGAUCCGCGCGUGAGCGAAGCGGACAAGGCACGGCGAGCUCGCACGUGGUAUUCGCUCUACAGCCUCGAGAUCUUGAUUGCCGAAAUUACGGGGCGGCCUAAAUCCAUAUUCUUGUCGGAUGUGACCAUACCUAUAGACCAUUUCUGGUCGGUUCCGCAAGAAGUCCAAGAAUUCUCUGGACAAAUCGACAAUUUCCAGUCGCCGGCUGGCUCGAGGAAGACUUGGCUCGACUACUUGAAUGCGUGCCGCAAUACAUCCCAGAUGACCGGCGGAGUGGUCCCUUGGAAAAGUUUUGCAUCGGUAGGACGCAGCAUCCCCACUUCGUACUUGCCUCAACGACUAUAUCUCUGUCGCCUAAGUGACAAGGUUGCAUCGCAGAUGUACAGCGGGACGUCUGAAGAUUCGUGGUAUGAGGUCCAACGGAAGAUGGGCAAUUUAGAGACGGAGUUGAGAGCCUGGGCCGAGAGUCUCCCUCAGGAGUUGGCUCUCCAGGGCCAGGAUCCUACGGACACGGAUCCUCGAAUUAAGAUCGAACUAGCCAUGUAUUACCACAGCGUGGAGAUGAUCCUCAAUCGCCCAUGCCUCUGCGAGGUGCUGAUUGAGGAUGAGUCGGUCCAUUCGAAAGAAUUCAACCGAAGUUCGGCACGAGCCUGCGUGCAUGCAGCCAUGUCCAUGUUGUCUCUGAUGCCGGACUACCCCACUGCCCAUGAGGCGUACCAACUGCUUCCUUGGUGGGCGCUCCUCCAUUUUGUGGCGCAAGCAGCUUCUGUGUUGCUGCUGGAGCUCGCUCUCGGCGCGCCCCAUUUUAGGGACGAGAUACCACAGGUAGUGACAUACUUGCGCAAGGCAAUGGCAUAUCUCUGGUGCAUGAGCAACAAUUCGCUGUCGUCUUACCGAGCGUGGAGGAUAUUCCGGCAGCUGCUGACCGAGGUCAUGGAGCGGCACGAGGAUUUGGACAUGAGCGACGUCCCUUCUGAGGCGCCGCCGCCUGCUGCGUGGAAUGAAGAGCUCGAACAGCUGACCGUGAAGUCUUUCGCGAGUCUAAAGUACGGCUUUGCAGAACCCAUGCAACAAUAA